AUGAGCCGAGAUGCUCACCUCGCCGCGCCCAUGGACCCGGCCGUCGCAACAGCACCGGGGACGUCUACACCUAGGCGGAACCCUCUGUUCUCUUCACGCAUGCAGUACCGGAGCCGCCCCGUUUCGGUAGCCGUUGAUCCCGUGUCUCUGGUCAUGUCCGAGUGCAUCGCCAUCACCUCAGCCAUCCAAAAAUAUGCCCGGUCCCCGCACUCGUCCGUGUCGGCCAUCCUCGGCGGCAGCCCCAAUCUCAUACAGCUCGUGCCACCUGGGCCUAGCGGUCGUCGUCAUCAGAAGUCGGCGGCCGGUCCCGAGCCUGAUGGUGCCGGCGACCUUGCCGCGAACAGAUGGGGGCUGCGUGGAAAGAAGGGCAAAAGCAUGCAGGAUAAUCCGCUGAUUUCCGGCUUUGGAAGGCUGCGCCAGGAGCUGGCAGGCGUCAAAGACAUUCACAGAUUCGACUCUUUGGUCCUGCUCUACCCGUUCCUCCAGAUCAUCCAAGCCAAGGGCACCGCCGCCCCCGUCACCAUCCUCGCGCUUAGAGCGAUACAAAAAUUCCUCGCCUACGGUUUCGUCUCCCCCGCAUCUCCGCGCUUCGCCCUCGCCAUGCAGUCACUCUCCGCCGCCAUCACCCACUGCCAGUUCGACAUAAGCGACUCGGCGCAGGAGGAGGUGGUGUUGCUCAUGAUUCUGCACUUGAUGGAGGACAUGAUGUCCGGGCCGGGCGGCGACAUACUCAGCGACGAGAGUGUCUGCGACAUGAUGGGGCGCGGUCUCACCAUCUGCUCGCGGCCGAGGUUCUCGGAAGUCCUGCGCAGGACUGCGGAAGCGUCGAUGGUGCGCAUGGUGCAGAUCAUUUUUGAGGACCUGAAGCAUCUCGAACUGGAGGCUGGCGAUGAGACCGAGGCUUUGGAUCGCCAGACGAGUCGGGACAUGGACUCUGUCACCAUGGAUCCCGCCGCUAACGGGACGGAUGUGCCAGCGGUGCGACCCGACGUGACAGACGGCGGUCUGCCCGGCGAGGCGGCCGAGUCAUCUGCUGAGCCUAGGCCGUCUUCACGCUCAGAACGGGAGGGCAGCGGUUCAGAGACAUCCAGAAGCGCCAGCGCGGACGACGGGAGGCCCAGCACGAGCUCGGCUACUGAAAGCGCAGCGUCUGUUGACCUCCGGCCCUACUCUCUGCCGUCAAUUCGGGAAUUAUUCCGGGUGCUCGUGAGCUUCUUGGACCCCCACGACCGCAAACACCCCGAUCAAAUGAGGGUCAUGGCCCUUCGCAUCAUCCAUGUGGCGCUCGAAGUAGCAGGCCCGUCAAUCGCUCGACACCCCGCUUUGGCGUCGAUUGCGGAAGACCAGCUCUGCUGUUACCUCUUCCAACUGGUGCGGUCCGAUAACAUGGCCAUUCUUCAGGAAAGCUUGAUAGUCGCUAGCACCUUGCUCUCCACUUGCAGAGGUGUUCUUAAGCUCCAGCAGGAGCUGUACCUGUCAUAUUUGGUAGCCUGCUUACACCCUGCGGUGGAAAUCCCUCGGGAGCCUGGAAUCGAUCCGAGCCUCUACUCUGGCAUCCCGCAGUCGCCAAAGUUGGUAAAGCUGUCCCCGACGCAACCCGGCAGUGGCCGCUCGACACCUGUGCCUGUUAAGGAUCGCCAGAAGCUGGGGCUCGAGGGCGGUGCCCGCAAGCCGGAUGCCAGGCAGGCCAUGGUCGAGAACAUCGGCGUGCUGGCGCGAAUGCCCACGUUUAUGGCCGAAUUGUUUGUCAACUACGACUGCGACGAAGACCGCGCGGAUCUCUGUGAAGACCUGAUAGGGCUACUAUCUAGGAAUGCCCUGCCGGACUCUGCGACCUGGAGCACUACGAGUGUGCCGCCGUUGUGCUUGGAUGCGCUGCUGCGGUUCAUCCAGUUCAUUGCUGAAAGGCUAGAUCAGACACCCGAGACGGAGGGAUACCCGGACCCAGCAAUGCUGAGAGAGAAGCGGCGCAGGAAGAAGCUCAUCAUCAAGGGCACCACCAAGUUCAACGAGAGCCCGAAAGGCGGAUUGGCCUACCUCCAUGAAAAGGGUAUCAUCGAGAACGUCACCGAUCCGCUGUGCGUUGCCAAGUUUCUGAAGGGAACAUCUCGGAUAAAUAAGAAGGUCCUCGGCGACUUCCUGUCCAAGAAGGGUAAUGAGGCGAUCCUGGAUGCGUUCAUCGACCAGUUUGAUUUUACUGGCAAGCGGGUAGACGAGGCGCUCCGGAUGCUACUCGAGACAUUCCGUCUUCCUGGCGAGUCGCCGUUGAUCGAGCGCAUCGUCAGUUCCUUUGCGGGCAAGUAUUGCUCCAGUUCAGUUCCUGAAGGGGUAGCGGACAAGGACUCCGUUUUCAUUCUGACAUAUGCCAUCAUCAUGUUGAACACGGACCAACAUACCCCCCAGCUCAAGAACCAGGCACGCAUGAAAUUCGAGGACUUUGCUCGUAACCUCCGCGGACAGAACGGAGGCCAAGAUUUCCCGACCGAGUACUUGCAGGAUAUCUUUGAUACCAUUAAAACCAACGAGAUUAUCCUCCCUGACGAGCACGACAACAAGCAUGCAUUUGACUACGCGUGGAAAGAGCUUCUUUUGAAGACCGAGGCCGCUGGCCCACUGGUGCUCUGCGACACCAACAUUUACGACGCCGACAUGUUCGCGACGACCUGGAAUCCCAUCGUGUCGUGCCUCUUCUUCGUCUUCAUGUCAGCGACCGACGACACGGUCUAUGCCCGCGUCAUCACCGGCUUUGACGAGUGCGCGCGCAUCGCGACAAAGUACGGCAAUUCGGAAGCGCUCGACGAGAUUGUGUAUCGGCUGAGCUACAUCUCGACGCUGAGUAGCGAGACGCUGUCCAACACGUCGCUCAAUACCGAGGUGCAGGUCGGCGAGAACAGCGUCAUGGUCAGCGAGCUGGCCGUCAAGUUUGGGAGGGAUGUGCGGCCGCAGUUGGCGACGCUGGUGCUGUUUCGUGUUGUUACCGGUUCCGAGCACGUAAUUCGAAAGAGCUGGAAAUAUGUCAUACGUAUAUGGCUCAACCUCUUUGUUAACUCCUUGAUACCGUCCUUCUUCUCCACCGAGGCCGACAAGCUAGCUCUGCCACCAAUACCGCUGCAGCCGCCCUCACAGGUGAUUGACCGGGGCUCCAAACAGAGCGAAACCGGUUUCUUCUCCGCGUUCACAUCGUACAUCUCAAGCUACGCCGCUGAUGAUCCGCCUGAGCCGUCGGAUGAGGAGUUGGAGAGCACGCUGUGUACUGUGGACUGCGUCAACCAGUGCCACAUGGGCGAUGUGUUUGCCAAUGUUGCACAACUCCCCAGCCAUAAUCUCGAGGUGUUGGUCGACACGCUCCUCGGCCAUAUCCCCGAGGACAAUGGCUCGAGCGUGAUUACCGUCAAGGCGGACAACAUCCCCCCUUCCCAAACCAACGGACAGCAGUCGCGGCAGAGCAAUGCGAUAUACGACCCUGCCCUGGUCUACAUACUCGAAUUCUGCACUGUCCUGGCACUUCGGGACGACAGCACCGUUGAGCGGCUAGGGAGACGCGUGGUGGAAGCCAUACAGGCCAUCUUGAGGGAUGUGCCUCAAUACCAUCCGAUACUUAUUGAACGAGCGACCUUUUAUCUCUUUAACUUGCUUCAGGCGAGCUAUGACUACGACUACGUCCGCGUCCCGGUCCUUCUCCAUACCCUCUCAAGCUUUCCCAAAGAUACCUUGGUCAAGGCGGCAGGGCUAGUCCUGCGCGGACUCAAGCUCUGCACCGAGAAGCCUUGCCCGCUACGAAACGAGAUCAUGACGUCGCCCGAUUUUUGGGUCAUCCUUCAGACCUUGGCAACCAACGCCGAUGCGGCGCCGGGCGUGUUCGAGAUCCUGGAGAGCGGUGUAUCGACCACGCCUUCGGCCAUCAUGGCGGACAACUAUGAGGCGGCGCUGGGGCUGCUCAAUGAGUUUGCUUCGAUGGCGAGCAUCGGGGCUGUGGCGGAGCAGAAAAAUGACCGGAAAUUGGGGAGGAAGGGGGCGAGGCCUAUUAAGCAGGAGAAGCCUAGUGAGAAUGCUGUCGUCGAACGCGGCGUGAAGGCGCUGAAUAGCAUAUCGCGCAUGACAACACGCAUCCCGCAUCUCAUGCAGCAGUCGCACCUUGAAAGCAGCGAAGCCUGGUCAGCCUACUGGCUCCCCGUCUUCCAAGCCCUCACCACCCAGUGCACCAACCCGUGCCGCGAGAUCCGCCAGCUCGCCUUCAGCUUGCUGCAACGCACGCUCCUCUCGCCGGAGCUCCGGUCGGCCGAGGAGGAGCACUCAGAGUGGACGGCCAUUUUUGGCGAAGUGCUCUUCCCGCUCAUCCUGCGGCUGCUCAAGCCCGAGGUGUUCUCGUCGGACCGCGACGGCAUGAGCGAGACGCGCGUGCAGGCCGCGUCGCUGCUGUCCAAGGUGUUUCUGCAGUACCUGGUCGUCUUGUCCAAGUGGGAGGGCAUGCUCGAUCUGUGGGUCAAGAUCAUUGAGAUUAUGGACCGGCUCAUGAAUAGCGGGCAGGGGGAUAGCUUGGAGGAGGCUGUGCCAGAAAACCUCAAGAAUGUGCUCCUCAUCAUGUCGAGCAACGGAUAUCUGGUGCCGCCGAGCAAGGAUCAGACAAAGGAGGAGCUGUGGAACGAGACAUGGAAGAGGAUUGAUAGGUUCUUGCCGAACCUGAGGGCGGAUUUGGCACUGGAGGAGGAGCCGGUAAAGGAGGAGGAGCCGCCUAAGUCUGCUGGUCUGCUGCCAGCUACAGGAGAGGGUGGAACUGUUGUGGAAGUGUGA